CUGAAGAUCGAAGACCUUGACCUGGAGCCAGUGCACGACUUCAUCCUGAUCCGGGACGGUCCCGGUCCGGAGUCCCCCCGGCUGGCGGAGCUGACCGGGACCGGCGCCGAGAACCCGAAGUUCGUGAUGAGCACCGGCAACCGGCUCUACCUCUACGUCUACACCGACCUGGGGGAUUCCCGGAAGGGAUUCCGGAUCAAGUACUUCUCAGGUUGUUCGGUGCGAGUGGACGCGGACUCCGGGGAGGUCCGGAGCCCGGCGUUCGGAACGGCGCCGUACCCGGCAAAUCAGGUGUGCACGUACCACAUCCAUCGGCCCGGCGGGGGCCCGCUCUCCAUGCGGUUCUCCGAGUUCGACGUUGAUCAGUCUGAUGCCGUCCAG